ACAGCUGCGUAGACGUCCCACCACCCCACCCCCCUUAACCGGAGGAAGCCCGGCGCGGCGCGCCUUACCUCGGCUUCUUGAACGACCCGAAAAGACUGAUUUCAUCGGAUGCCUCCCUUUCUGGAGCUUGCGGUGCCAGCAGCAGAAGAAGACGAUGGUGGCGAUGGUGCCCAGCAGGAGCAACAAGAGGAAGAGGGCACAUUGGAUGCUGUAGGGUCUCAGCAAAACGAGGAAAGCCGCGGCGAUCAUGAUACUUCAUAACUGCUUGACAAGAAAAAACUUAAGAAGAUGGAAAAAAUUUUUGCAUUAAUUCACUUGGAAAAACAUUAACUUUUGGGCUACAUCCAGAGUAGCAUCAUCUACCUGAGCAUUCUCUCCUUCUCCAGUUUCAGAAUACCUUUGAUAACUAAUUGAGAAAAUGCAGAAGAUCUUGCAGACAGAAGAAAUUGCCAAUACCCAAGUUUUUAGAAAAGGAAAGAGGAAAAGGACAGAGACAAUGGACUCAGAAAAUGCAAAUACUGACAUGGAUAAAGGACAGAGAGAUCCAUACUCGGGAAAUGCCUUUCUGCCUGGUGAGAGCUCCAGUGAGGAUGAAACACCUUUAGAAGAACUGUCAAAGGAGGAAUUAUGUGCCAAAAUAAAAAACCUGAAAGAAAAACUAGCCAACACCAGGAAAGAAAACGGCCGACUCCGACAGUCUUUGGUCAUGCUACAAGUGCUACCACAGGCAGUCACUCAGUUUGAAGAAUUGGUUGGGAUGGCGGAGGCCCUGCUUAAGGGUGGAGGAACCAUGUCUACAACUGCAGCCACCCUCUGGAGAGCAACAAACAACUCCUCACCAGAUUCAUUUGCCUCAACGUGCAGUAAUUCUAACUCUAAUUCUAGUUCACCCAUUUCCUUGAAGGCUGAAGAAGAACAUCAUGUUGAUGAGAAACAGUUCAAGAUUGAAAAAUGGCAGAUUGCCCGGUGUAAUAAGAGCAAGCCUCAGAAGUUUAUUAAUGAUUUAAUGCAAGUACUUUACACAAAUGAAUAUAUGGCCACACACAGCCUAACAGGGGCAAAAUCUUCUACUUCCAGGGACAAAGCUGUAAAACCAGCCAUGAAUCAGAAUGAAGUUCAAGAAAUCAUAGGUGUAACAAAACAGUUAUUUCCCAAUACAGAUGAUGUUUCAAUUAGGAGAAUGAUAGGGCAAAAGCUAAACAACUGUACCAAGAAGCCAAAUUUAAGCAAAAAUCUUAACUCUCAGGAUAUUAAGUAGAUCAUUUUGGUAUCCAAAACAGACCAUCUUCAGUUUUAAAUCUAGCACUGGAUUUUGUUGGAGAAUCUGCAAACUCCCUGGCAGUGAGCACAGAGGGACGUGUGCAGUGACAGGCUGUAAGACACCUGUGACAUCACUGGGCUCUCCUAAUGGAGCAACAAGCUUGCUGACGAAGCUGCAUGGUAGAUUCCACCCUAAAUACAGUGAUGCAUCGAACCAGAGAAUUCGUACCAAAUAAGCAUGCCAUAUGAUUUAUUUGGAAAUAUGCAUUUUUCUAUCCCAAAAUACUUAUCUGUACAGAAUAGUCGAGGUCGUAUAGCAACAAAAUCACCAACCCCUAAGAUUAGUCAUUCUAACAAUCAUUGUACAUUUAUUGUUACCAAGGACUCCCAUUACAGUUUUUAGAUCACUAGAAUAAGCACAUGUUUGGAAAAGUACACAGUGAAAUAAUCAAUUUUCACAAGUAUAAGAGCAGCAAAAUCAGCCUAAAAUCUGGUAAUCAUGUGCAACCAAGUAAUAAUGUUUUAGCAAUAAAAUUUCAGGAUUGUUACCUAAAAAUUUAUAAAAUAGGCAUGAAAAAAUGAGAGCAGCAAGAUCUUUUCAUUUUAAUAUUAAAUUAUUCUACCAUAGUCCUGAAAAACAAACUCAAGGUUUUGUGAUUGUUAAAACAAUGUGUCUACUUUGAGGAUAACCUUGUUGUCCACAGCAUAUUAAAAAGAUGUGUAAUAGAAAGAUCAAUAUCACCUAAAACCUAAAACAUUCUAUAUGAGAUAUAGCAUUAUAUGUGUUUGGCUGGUUAUGUUGCAACCCUGCCUUUUUUUUUAUUUUUUGGUUGGUUUGUUUAUUUAGCAGUAAGCAUGCUAGCAAAGCUUAAUGAAGAGAAAUCACGGAAAGAGUACAUGUGACAGACCAGGCGAGGAUCUCAGUGAAGAACCAAGAGCCACUGCUUAGUUUUUACUGGUUUAUUUUUAUUGUAGCAGAAGAAAAACAAAUUGAAAAACACUAUGAGUUUGGUAAUCACACAAAAAGAAAAAUACUACUUUGUAAGUCAACAAAAGAUAAAACAUCCUUCAUCCAGCGGCCUUGACGUCAGGUUGGCACACGUGAGGACUCUGCCUUGGGAAGCCAUGCUUCCUCAGUGCACACGGUCAUGUUCUAACUUGAGAAGGAGAAGCUACAAUAACUACGGAUUUCAGUAUUGUGGACCCAGGGAACAUUCCAUAACUGUUGCUUGAUACUAGUAUGGUUGUACCAAAUAAAUGUUCUUAAGGAAAUAAUUUAUGUAAAAUUUGCUACUUUUACUCAAAAAUAAAUA